AUGUUUGUUGGGUAUUCUCUCACCCAAAAGGGUUAUAAAUUUGUUAAUCCUGAUACUGGCCGACGUUAUGUCACCCACGAUGCUUCCUUUUUUGAAUAUCUGAAUUUCUUCUCUCCAAAGUCCUCAAUUCUUUUCUCAUCCUCUCAUGUCACUCCUAUACCCUUUUUAGAUCCUCCAUCCUCUACCCCGUUACAGGUGGCUCCCUCAUCACCUUCAUAUCCUCCAUCAUCUAUCAUACUUUCAUCUCCUCCUCCUUUCUUUCCACCACCACCACCUCGCCAUUCUACUCGUCCCAAUACCAGACCAACUCACCUACAAGAUUACAUUUGUUCUCAAGCAUUGUUACCAGCACCACCACAUGUUUCUCAUCACCAGCAGAAGCGGAGUAGUUCCGAUUCACCAUUACUUCCAUCACCAUCAUCCGCGGCUUUGCGAUCCAUUUUUGCAUCGGACCUUCCUACUUCUCUAUGGAAAGGUACUCAUCCUUCUACUUCUCAUCCUAUCCACCACUUUGUUUCAUAUUACUCGAUUUCUCCUUCAUACAAGUCAUUUAUUGCCAAUGUGGAUUCCAUAUUUCUCCCUACCCGGGUGGAUGUUACCUUAGCACACCCGAAACUGGAAGCAUGCCAUGAUGGAUGA